UAGCUUGUUUCGUAGAGCUAACAUAACCUUGAACAUCAGCUUUAGAAACAAAUGUAUCCAGUUAUUUUAAUUUUACUUGAACUUCAAGUGAUGGAGAGAUUGGUUUACAUGUUGGAAGUAAACUGAAAGUAAAGACUGCUAGACUGUUGGUGGAACUAAAUGUACUGUGAAACUCAGAAAGAUGGACUUCGGUGAUGCCCAACAUCUCUCAGAGCUGAAGAUUGUGUUAAUGGGGUAUAGAGCUGCUGGUAAGAGUUCAGCAGGAAACACUAUCCUGGGCAGAGAGGAGUUUGACUUGAAGAGAUCUGCUCAGUGUGUGAGGAGACAUGGAGAAGUAGCAGACAGACACAUCACUGUCAUUGAAGCUCCAGGAUGGUGGAUUGAUGAACCUGUAGAGGAGAGCUCUGAGUUACUGAAACAGGAGAUUUUGCUCAGUGUGUCUCUGUGUCCUCCAGGACCACACGCUGUACUACUGAUCAUACGUGUGGACUACAUGUUUAAAGAGACUGAGAGAAAAGCAGUGCAGGGGUAUCUGGAUCUUCUCGGUGAGAGAGUCUGGAGUCACACUAUAGUGCUGUUCACUCAAGGAGACUCUCUGUCAGACACAUCUAUAGAGCAGCACAUUGAGAGUGAAGGGCAGGAUCUCCAGUGGCUGCUGGACAAAUGUGGGAACAGGUAUCAUGUUCUCAACAAUCAGAACAGGAGUGACCACACUCAGAUCAAGGAGCUGCUGGAGAAGAUUGAGGAGACAGUGGCACAAAACAACGGCUGUCAUUUGGAAAUAGACAGAAAGAUUUUACUAGAGAUGAAAGAGAGAAGAAGAGCAGAGGAAGAGAGAGCAAAAGAACGAAUGAAGUGGAUGAAAAAACAAAAAGACGACAUCAGAUCACAGAUGAGUGAGUCUAAAAUGUACUUUUUAUGGAACUAGAGACAACAACAGCACAGAAAUCUAAGUAAGGUCCUAUGGACUGUAUGUACACUA